AUGCACUUAUCGGACCCUUUUUCAGAUCGUUAUGUUGAAAGUCUUCUUGAUGUGGUUGUGGCAUGUGCCACAGAAUGUACAAAAACUGUGAAAAACGUGAAAAAUGAGAACAUGUUAGCAUUUUUACAAAGAUUUAUCACUGUGGCGGUAUGUUUACUGUCAUAUCGUCGUAAACCGGAAGAUUUUUCACUUAUCAGUUCAUUAGGUCAUGGCGCAUUUGGUCGUGUUCAACUAGUUCUUGAAAUUACAGCAGGUUGUGUAUGUGCGAUGAAAGUAUUGAACAAAUCUCGAAUGCUUGCACAACACACAGAUUAUUGGGCCAAAAAAGAAAUUAUGUCACAUGGUUAA